CGGUUCUAUGUGGUCAUAGUGAGCGCGUUUGUCCUUUCUUGUGUGCUCUUCAGUGUGGUGUACAGAGAUUCUGGUGAAAAUUUUUGUAAUCCCUACAGAAACCAGCACCAUCUACGCCGAAAGGUGCAUUGCAAAAUUUUCACCCGAACGUUCCGAGCAGGAAGUGCUAGAAGUGAAACCUUACGAUCAGCAGUGCUCGUGAAAAAAGACCUCCCCACUGAGGAGCAGAAACCCUAGUCGAAAGGUGCAAAGCAGAACGUCGAAGACGACGACGACGACGGGACUCGCAAUCAGGAACGAGGACACACGUUUUCCCACAUUCCACUUGAAGACCGACCGACCGUCCGACCGGAUAGGCAGACAACCAGGCGACCCCUUCGAAAUCGACUUCCUUGCUUGGGCGCGCAUCACUGUUAUCGAAUGCUGGUUUCGGUGAGGAAGUGAAAAGUUGAAUUUGGUAGAGUUUGCCCGCAGCAGCAGCAGCAAAACGAUUUCGCGAGUUCGGUAAUACACAUCAACGGGAACGGUUUUCUUCUCGCCUAGCACUUAGUUUUACGGAAGGAUUAGCCAGUGUGAAAGGGCAUAGCCAUGGCCGAUAAGAAAGUAGCGGAACAAUAUUAUGCCCCACCCGAAAAAUUGGGCAAAUGGGAGGGCUUCAGACAAUUUUGCUGGAACAGCGAAACAAGCCAAUGUCUCGGAAGAACCGGUUCGAGCUGGGCGAAAAUCCUGUUCUUCUACCUGGUAUUCUAUGCGGCGUUGAUCGGAUUCUUCGCAGCGAUGCUUGCAGUAUUUUGGCAGACGUUAGAUAUGAAAAUGCCAAAAUAUCAACUCGGUGAAUCGCUGAUAGGGUCCAAUCCGGGUCUUGGCUUCCGGCCGAUGCCAAAAGAGGACAACGUAGAGAGUACGUUAAUUUGGUACAAGGCAUCCGACAACGGAAACGUUGAAGCCUGGACGACGCAAAUCGAUGAGUUCUUGGAACCGUACCACCAAGAAGAAGACAACCGUGUCGACUGCUCGUUCGACAACCCACCGCCAGAGGGCAAGGUUUGCAAAGUUCCUAUGAACGAAUGGAGCUCCUGCACCAAGGCGAACCGAUACAACUUCAAGAAGAAGAGCCCCUGCAUAUUCCUGAAGCUCAACAAGAUCUUCAACUGGGUCCCAGAUCUGUACAACACUACCGAUAACUUGCCGGAGUCGAUGCCCGAAGAUCUGCGAGAGCACAUCAGCUCCGAACUCAGCCGAGGUGACAAGAACGCCAACAUCGUUUGGGUCUCGUGCGCCGGUGAGAAUCCCGCCGAUAACGAACACAUCGGCCCCAUCAACUACUUCCCCCGCCGAGGAUUCCCCGGAUACUUUUUCCCGUUCAAGAACAUCGAAGGAUACCUGCCACCGAUCGUCGCGGUGCACUUCGAGAGCCCCAAGAACGGCGUCCUGAUAAACAUCGAAUGCAAAGCCUGGGCACGAAACAUCGUCCACGACCGUGCCGAGCGAAGAGGGUCCGUCCACUUCGAGCUGAUGGUUGACUAAGAAACGCGGCCAUCGUCCCUAGUAGCAGCUGGCAAGAGUAAAGCAGGCCGAAGAAGAUGAGUCUAGGUGCAGGCGAGAGAACAUCUACCAGAAGAAACAACAGAAGAACAUGAAUAAUACCGAACAACAGUAACUACCACCAUAUGAAAAAAAAAACUGCAAUCAACAUCAGCAGUGAGCAACUGACGCGAAAACACAGAAGAAAGAAGAAACCAAAAAACGUAAGAAGAAGAAAUCAGUAUGUUAAAACAAUUAAUAUUCUAUAAGCAAAGCUUGAAAAAGAAGGCAGGAACUGAAGUGAACAGGGAUUCUCGAAAGUUGGUUAAACAUCUGGAGGAAGAGUUAUGCAAGCUAUUAAAAAAACAACAAAUUUAGGUGCGAUCUUUAAUUAAUUUAAAGUAUAAUUAACAAAUACAACAAACUAGAGGUUAAUUAUAUAAAAAAUACAUACGCGAAACAUCAUCUCGUCUAGGAAAAAAAAUCAAUGAAAAUCCCAUGUACAGCUCUUAAAGGUAUAACUCAUACAAAUAUCGCGAACCGAAGCCGAAACAAUUCAACACGCAUUAAUGAGAACAAAUUUCGUGAAACGCAGUGAAGGUGAAGGUUAGCCGAGUUCGAUGCGAUAGGAAAGAGCGAUUCGUCGACGAAGGGGUGAUGUCUGUUACUUGGAAACUUGGACUGAAAUGCAAGCAAGGAAAUAAAAAAAACCGGAAGAAGCUGACCGACACACGAUUUAUUCUUCUAAAUAAGGCUAAAGAAUGGGAGAGGCACAUUCUUCGGGGGGUGAUUAUUUUAGAGGUAAUUUGAAAACACUGAAUCAGUUCGUUUUUGAAUUCCGAACUGUGUGUACAGGUGAGAACAUUUAAUGAGGACUUAAACUAUUAAAAGUGAAUGUAAUUUUUGGAGACAGGACGCCGCGGGAAAAGUUAUUUUUGUGUAAGUCGAUACUAUCUGAAUACAAAGUGGAGCUUUUUAUAGAGGUUUAACAAAAUUACAGACACAUACAUAGGAAAGGUAUCGAUAUAUUUGUGGGUUUGAUUGAAAUCAAAAACCAAUCUUGUUCCGUUUAAUCGAUUUUAAAGUUUAAUGCGUUGACAUAAGUGGUUUAUUAAAACAAAUGAAAGCUAAACAGAGUGAAGAAUACGGAAAAUACACAUACAACUGCGCGAAAUAUCAGUGAAAACAGAGAUCGGAUAAGUAGCAAUGCUACGGAAGGAAAUCAGCAGGAAAUAGUCAAAAAAUCAUCUGAAUGAGAAACAAGUUUACGGGCCUCUUUCUAUUCUUACACUCACUGCCCAACAAAGAAAUAAUAAAAUAAUAAAAAAAAAAUCAUGAAUUGCCCAAGUGAAAACAAGUUUACUAUCAUACCACGAAGCGUUGCAGAUGAUAUAGCCCACAGUAACGACAUCAAUAAAACAAAAAAGAACAAGAGUAAAUCCGAGCAGAGAAAGUAUAAUUUGAUGUAAUUAAUAGCUGAUUAAAGAAAAAAAAAACUGCAGCAUAAGCCGUACACAAAUAAAUUUGAUAAUGUAAUUAGGGAUUUCGCCAUUUAACACUAAACAAAUAAUUAAACUUGAAAAUGUUAGCCUAUUGGAGAUGUGUAGUCGAGAUCGCUUCAGUUGUGCAGGUUGACUGCACAGUUCCGGUCGAGUCCGCCAUCUUUGACAGGACAACAAUAAACUUUUGUUUCCAGUUCCACACCGGGAAAAAACACGGCACUAAAUUUAUACACACCAUUAUAUGGUGCCCCGAAAAAGCCGAAACGAAUGCAUAAAUAACCAAAAAAAAAAGCAAACCUGUCAGUGGAAACAAAAGUACUUCAAUUGCAUAUAAUAACACAGAGAAAAAAAAACGGAAAAUGUUGUUGAAAGUAUUAUUAAUGAUUAUUAUUGGGGAAAAUUGAUAGAAAAACUGAUAAAAUCAAACAUAAAAAUUGAGUCUCUUACAAACAGAAACAGAAAAUGAACAAAACAAACGCGUCGAGAUGGAACCAGCAUCGACCAAAUGCAAAGCAUCAGCUGAUUAUUGAAUGUUACUGAUAGUGCGCUUUAGACAAAUUUCAAUGUGCUAGCCUCGUUUCGGUUCGAUUAUUUUCCUCAGUGUAAAACUUUUUUGUUGUUUUCGUCCUCCGUAUACAGAUCUGAGUUGUUAUUUAUUUCUAGGAUUAUUGAUAUUUAUUUAGUGUUUCCUACAAGCAAGUAUUUCGAAUUUGUGUUUAUAAUUUCGACCUGUUCAGUUAUCGAUUGCGCACUGUGUUCAUGUAAUGAAAAUCAAGGCGAAACCCAAGUUAAUAAAGUUGAUAAAACUGUUUUAGUCAAAAUAGAUUAUUUGUAACAGAUGAAUGAGUAGUAUAAGUAAAAUAUAACACACACACUCACAGCAGAUGUUGAAUAAAAGCGAAGGAAUGCUAUGCUAUACAGAAGCAUUCAUGCCUUUUCGAGCUUUGACGUUAGUAGAUUUAUAUAAAUUUAGUUAACAUUUUUAGAAUAACCUCAAUGAAUUAUCGAAACAUGUGACAGUUUUAUUUGAAGCGAAUUUAGUUGUUUAACUACGUUUAGAAAGCUAUUCAACAAGAACCGCUACAAUUACCACAGAAGCUAUGUAAAAUUGAUUGUGAAUAGAAUGUUAGAUUUCUUUCUUAGUAUUUCGAUAAUUACCAUCUAAAGUGAGACGAACAAGUUGAAAUAGCUGUAAGCCGUAAUGCAACAAGCGUAUACAAAAAUACCAACAUCAACUCGAGUGCAGUAACACACUAAUUGUUAGAUUUAAAACUAUCGCAGGCAAAGAUACACCUACAGUUAAGCUCCCUUGAAAAAAAUAGAGAAAAAGAGCAACAGCUUUUACAACUUACUAGACACAAAAAAAAAAUAAAUAAAUCACUACUGAAUCAGAGAUAGAGUCAAACAACUUCUAGAGCUCAACUUUCAAAGUCGCAGGGUAGCGUCGCUUUCAAGCAAAUCACAACAUGCGAAGAAAAAAGCAUUUAAAGCAGUUCUCAACACAAGCAGAACAAUAGUUUCAUUCACCUACAACAAUGACAGAAAAAAAAACCGGAAGAACUAUUCAAACACCCACCACUUACACAUACACACACGAUUACAGCUAAACGUAAAAUUAAUAAUGGAAGUUAUGAAUAAAAAGUAAUAAAAUGAACAAAAAUAAACAACAAUGUAAAUCCACUAUAUCUUUUUAAUGAAUGAUUAUUGAAAUAAAAACUGAGAAAUCUGUAGAGACGAA